UUAGUAAGAGAAAGAAAAAAAGAAAAAAAGAAAAUAAAAGAACAAGAACAAAAGCAAAAGCCAUCGAUCGAUGCGGUGAGAUGCAUCUUCAAAUGUUUUACUGAGGAGUAGCUGGAUAAGAUGUCUGGAAUGGAACUGUACGAUGAACCAAGAGAAAGGAAAUCUAACUUUGAAAAUUUAGAAGAGGAAAGACGGAGAUGUGGAAUUGGAGUUCUGAAGAAAAAAGCAAAAAAUGCUUCAGGUAAGUUCACUAGGUCACUGAAGAAGAGAGGGAAAAGGAGAAUCGAUUACAGGGUUCCUUCAGUAUCCAUUGAGGAUGCACGUGAUGCAAAAGAGGAGAGUGCUGUUUAUGAACUGCGUCAAAGACUUGGCUCCCAAGAACUUCUGCCAGUCAGACUGGAUGACUAUCACACUCUGUUGAGAUUUUUGAAAUCUAGAGACUUUAAUAUUGACAAAACCGUUCACAUGUGGGAAGACAUGCUUAAUUGGAGGAAAGAGUAUGGAGCAGACACAAUUUUGGAGGACUUUGACUUUGAAGAGCUGGAAGAAGUGUUGCAAUAUUACCCCCAAGGAUAUCAUGGUGUUGACAAGGAAGGCAGACCAAUAUAUAUUGAAAGGCUUGGACAAGCUCACCCAAACAAACUAAUGAAGAUAACCACCAUAGAACGCUACUUGAAGCAUCAUGUCCAAGAUUUUGAGAGGGUCAUACAUGAGAAAUUCCCUGCCUGUUCAAUUGCGUCUAAGAGAAGAAUCUGUUCGACAACUGCAAUAUUAGAUGUGCAAGGCCUGGGAAUGAAAAAUUUCACAAUGACAGCUGCUAGUCUUUUGUCAGCCAUGGCAAAAAUUGACAGUAGCAACUAUCCUGAGACACUGAAUCAGUUGUUUAUUGUUAAUGCUGGGCCUGGGUUCAGAAGGGUGCUCUGGCCUGCAGCACAGAAGUUUCUGGAUGCAAAGACUAUUGCUAAAUCCCAGGGUGAGAUGCAUCUUCAAAUGUUUUACUGA